AUGCUAUUCGUAAGUGAAACUCAGCCCUUUCUACUCAACACAACCUACUAAUUUGCAGGCAGAAUAUUUGCGUGUUCAGCACAGUUUGGUGAAUCGGAAAUUGUCGAAAAGUGAGUUUCGCGGCUGAAAUUCUGACUAAAAUAUGAAAUUCUAGAGAAACAUUGAUUUUUUCAGAAGAGCGCAAGCAAUUUUCGGCGCAACAAAAACAGCAAUCAGCCAGGAAUUUGGGAUUGGUGCCAAAUACUGUGCAGGAGGUUAUUGUGUGGAUGUCGACUUCCAAAGAAUUUCCCAAAGUUCAGCCAGUGGUGAGAAAUUCCAAAAUUUCCCUUAGAAGCUCCUCAAAAACUUUUUUCAGAAAGCCAAUGAUUUGCCGAAGAAGCCAGAAGAUCCUCUCAUCCAGCAAAAUCUGCGAAAAAUGCUCAAAAACCUGCAGAACCCGAAUAAUCUGAGGGAUCUGAUGAUUCAGAAGAUGAAGCUGGAACUGCUGAAAAUCCAGGGAAAUCCGAAAAUGAAGAAGAGGAUUCUGAAGAAGAUUCAGGCGACGAUUCAACAGAUGAGGAAAUUGAGCAAAAAGAGACGGAAAAAUUGGGCCAGAAGUCAAACAAAUGAAGUUAUAAUCUGA